GCCUCAUUGACAUAGGACUGUGCGUACGCGUCGCUUCACACCACACCACAACACUCCGCGAACGAAAUCAUGUCGACCAAAGAUGAUGGACCAGCAAUCUGCAGUAGCUGCAAUGCAGUCAUCUCAGGCAGAAUCGUGAAAGCCUUGGAUAAGAAGUGGCACCCGGAGCACUUCACGUGCCACACGUGCCACAAGCCCAUCGACGGCGCCAAGUUCCACCAGCAUGACGGCGGAGUGCGCUGCGUACCCUGCUUUACGAAGCACCACAGCCCGCGCUGUCACGGCUGCGGGGAGCCCAUCACUGAUCGGGUGAUCCAAGCUCUGGGCGUGUCGUGGCACGCGAACCAUUUCGUAUGCGGCGGCUGCAGGAAGGAGCUGGGCGGUGGAGGUUUCAUGGAACAGGCUGGACGGCCGUUCUGUUCGGCGUGCUACGCGGACAAGUUCGCGGCUCGCUGCAACGGCUGCGCCAAGCCCAUCGUGGACAAGGCCAUCAUCGCGCUAGACGCCAAGUGGCAUCGCGAGUGCUUCACUUGCAAUCCCUCCGAGCCCAUCGUGGACAAGGCCAUCAUCGCGCUCGACGCCAAGUGGCAUCGCGAGUGCUUCACUUGCAAUAAAUGUCGCAUCCCCGUGACAGAUGCCACCUUCUCGGUGCUCGACAACAAGCCGCUGUGUGGCAAAUGCGCCUAAACUGCAACCACCGAGCAAAACAUAUACCAAACUUAUUUAUCCGUAAAGUUAAGAUUACAAGUGCACUUAUCUAUAAAGACGCAUUAGUUACAAACCAAACGGGUUCACGUAAUAAUUGUAAAAUGAAUGACAAAUGAAACUUUAUUAUAGCAUAAAGAAGAGAUUAUUUAUUAUCACCAAGGAAACAGAACCAAACAAUCCUGUAGAAAGAACUUUUAAAGAAUUUGAAAAUAAAGUCAACAUGCACAAAAAUAAUGUUUGAAUCGUAUAACGAUGUUUUGUACUUUAUUCGAUGUAUUUUUAUUGUUUUGAAAAAUGUUGCAAAAUGUGGUGAUAAGAACUAUGUUAUAUUUAUCUUACCUUGACAGUAUUUUUAAGAGAUUUUU